AUGGAAGCCAGAGCGUUCACCGUUCCACCGCGGAGCGACCACAUCUCCUUCCUGGAGGGACACAACCUGUAUGUCUGGGGGGGCUGCCAGUGUGUGGAUGGACAAGAAACAUUUUUGCCCAGUGAUGAGAUCUGGCUUUAUGACAUGGAGAGUGGAGUUUGGUCUCUGAGACAUAUGGGCGGAGAGGUUCCUCCUGUUCUUUCACAGGCUUGUGGUGCAUAUCUUCAGGGCAUGCUUUACAUUUUUGGGGGAUGUGACAUCAAUGGCCACACCAGACAGAUGUAUUGUGUUGACCUGUCGGGUGUGGAAUAUAGCUGGAGAAAAGUGACAGACACAGUGGGAGGGACACCCUCUCCUAGGGUCAGACAUUCCUGCUGGGUCUACAAAAACAGGCUCAUCUACUUUGGUGGAUACGGCUGCAAAACAGUCAGAGAGGUCAACAACUCCAAGAGCUUUAUGGUUGACGAGACUAGCUGGGUAACAAUUGGGUCAGAUUUUUUCCAGUUUUGGGGUUGGAAUAAUGAGGUGCAUAUGUUUGAACCUGUGUCAGCCACAUGGACCAAACCACAAACCCAGGGCCAGCCUCCAGAGCCCCGGUCCUCACAUGCCAGUACUACUUUAGGUCAUAAGGGCUAUAUCUGUGGAGGCCUGGAAAUGCAGAUGAUAGACAUUCAUUGUUUAGAUCUGGUAACAUGGACGUGGACACAAAUUGAAAAUCAGGCUGUUUCUCAUCCACGGGGACGCACUCUUCACACACUGACUGCCAUCUCAGAUGACACACUCUUCCUGUUUGGAGGCCUCAGUACUUCUGGGGUGGUUCUCAGUGAUGGGUGGGAAUUUGACACUAAAACAAGAGAAUGGAGAGAGAAAGACCAUGCACAUAAAGACAAGCCCAGGUUAUGGCAUUCUGCUGAUAAGGGGAGAGAUGGUGAUGUAGUCAUUUUUGGAGGAAGCCAGACCUACCUCUUUGUAAUGGAUUCGGUUACAGUUCUCAGGUCUCCCUCUCAGAAUCACUGUGCAGAUGUGCUAGUGUUUCAUACUCAACCGUACUCCCUGUCAAGAUUAUGUGAAGACUGCAUAGGAAAACACAUAUUUUCUGUCCAAGAGCAGGCAUCAUGGUUACCGGCCAAGCUUCAGAAGACAAUUGGCAAGAGGAUAUCCUAUUUCAGGGCAAAUGCUCAAAAUAUAGAUGCAGGUUCAUAAGUUCAUAAGAAUGGUCCUUGAUUAUUUUAAGAAUAUUUCUGUGCAAGGAUUACACACAUCAAAAACAAUUAAACACAAUUAGUAAUUUUUAAAUUAAACAUGAUGAUUAUUAUUAUUAUAAAUUGAGUGAUUUUGUUCUAAAAACCCUUUGACGUGAUGUUAAAAAAAAAAAAAAAAAAAAAAAACAUUUUUAUAUGAAUUUUAUUGGUAGCCCAAUGUAUAAUUGUAGCCCUUGAUGCCGAAAACAUCAAUAUGUCCCAAUAAAAUAAACAAAUAAGAUUGGUAAUGUUGGGCACCCAUGAAAAACUUA